CUCUGCACACACGAAGGAAGAACUAGCUUGUAUGUGGCUGCCAUUCAAUCAUUUGGGCUGGACAAAUCCCAGGAAGAAGCUGUUAUGAGCUGCGUGAAAGCUAGACAAUGCUAUCACAGAAACACUGUGAGUCUUAUAUGGGGUCCACCAGGGACGGGGAAGACAAAGACCGUUGCGUCCUUGUUAUCUGUCCUCCUCCAGAUGAAAUGCAGAACCUUGACCUGUACCCCCACAAAUGUUGCCGUUAUAGGGGUCGCAAAGCGGCUUUUGGAACUGACAAGGGGCGGUCUCAGUUAUGGUCUGGGAGACAUUGUUGUGUUCGGUAACAAGGAAAGGAUGAAGGUCGACGAUGACAGCAAUCUUCAGGACGUGUUCUUAGACUAUCGUGUUGGUGCUCUUGAAAGGUGUUUGUCACCAUUUGUUGGGUGGCAAACAAGCUUGAAUUGGAUGAUCAGUUUGCUAGAAGAACCCGAAGUGGAAUAUCGGAGUGCGGAUCCUAAACUCAUGGAAAUCAAGAAAAAGGCUAAAGAUGAGUCUUCUCAGGAGAAAGUAGCAGAGGAUGAAGUAAAAAUUUGGACAUUUGAAGAACUCAUUCUGAACAAGUAUAAAUCCUUAAAGGAGUCAUUGAGCUUUUGUAUGAAAACAUUGUACACUCAUUUGCCUACAUCUUACAUCCCGUUGAAUGUGGCCAAGAAGAUGCUUGGAGUUGUAGGGUCGGUGCCAAUAGAGCUGUUGGUGAUAGACGAAGCUGCACAACUAAAAGAAUGUGAAUCCACUAUCCCAUUGCAGCUUCCGGGUCUUCGGCAUGCUAUCCUCAUAGGGGAUGAGAAGCAACUGCCAGCUAUGGUUCAAAGCAAGAUUUGUGCGAAGGCUGAAUUUGGAAGGAGCCUUUUUGAGAGGCUGGUUAAGUUGGGACACAAGAAGCAUCUCCUUAAUGUUCAAUACAGAAUGCACCCCUCAAUAAGUCUGUUCCCGAAUAAGCAGUUUUAUGACAAGAGAGUGAAGGAUGGGCCUAAUGUCACAAAAGAAGGAUACGAGAGGCGAUUUCUGAAAGGAGAAAUGUUUGGGCCUUUUUCUUUCAUUGACAUAAGUGGAGGAAGAGAGGAGCAAGAUGCCAAACAUAGUAGUAAAAACAUGACAGAAGUAGCCGCAGUUGCUGAGAUUGUGGCAAUGCUCCAUAGAGAAUUUCAAGCUACAAAGCAGAAAGUUCAAAUUGGCUGCAUAUCACCAUACAAGGCUCAAGUUUAUGCCAUUCAAGAGAAGCUGGGCAACAACUACAGCACGGAUGUUGGCAGUGGCUUCUGUGUGAAUGUGCGUUCAGUAGAUGGAUUCCAAGGCGGCGAGGAAGAUGUCAUCAUCAUAUCCACAGUGAGGUCUAAUGGGAAGGGAGCCGUAGGCUUUUUGUCCAACUUUCAGCGUACCAACGUUGUGCUGACUCGAGCCAGGUAUUGCCUUUGGGUAUUGGGAAAUAGCGCUACCUUGAUCAAUAGUGGUUCGGUUUGGAGGGACUUAGUGGUAGAUUCCAAGGCCCGGGGUUGUUACUACGAUGCUUGCACUGACACGAACUUGAAGAAAGCCAUUGUAGAUGCAUCAUAUGAUCUUGCAACCAAGUUUUCAUCAAUGAGGCUGAGUGAUAGGUGAUUGAUCUAUUCCUUGGCAUUAUUGUAUUAUAUCAAGUUAUUAUAUUUUCUUUAUACUUGUUCAUUUCUAAUGAAAAGAAAACCAUAUU